ACACUUAUCUCAUUUCCUGUUUGAACCUCGAUAGAGACCGAGCCACAUAUUUUAUUAUAUAAUGAUUAAUUUAAGUGUAACAGUUUUGUGUGUUUGUGUGUGUUUUGAACAUGUUUUGUGUAACGACGAUGAUGUAGACACUACAGAUAAUUUAGAAAAUUCUGACUACAUCACCGACUUCCCCGAGCUUCCGGUCUGCGGGAUAUCCAAAAAUGGUUUUUAUACAAAAGUUGUCGGAGGAGUCGAUGCUAAUCUUGGUGAAUUUCCCUGGAUGGCCCUCCUAGGAUACAACGAUAGUGCAGGGAAUGACACGUUUUGGUCUUGCGGUGGCUCGUUGAUCUCUCAACGCCACGUCCUUACCGCAGCUCACUGUAUACACAACCACGACGAAUUAUACGUGGUCCGCUUAGGAGAGCUGGACGUUCUUCGUAAUGAUGACGGAGCGACUCCUCUCGAUAUUCACAUCAAACGCAAAAUAGAACACGAAGCUUACAGCGCUAACUCGUUUCAACACGACAUCGGACUUUUAAUAUUGGACACUGACGUCGUAUUCAGUGACCUCAUCAGGCCAAUUUGCAUCCCAUUGCUUCCGGAGCUGCGCAACAACUUGUUUGAAGACUACAACCCAUUUAUCGCCGGUUGGGGAUACAAUGCGUUCCCCGGCCACGCAAACGUUCAAUUCAGGUUUGGUGAUCUUCGGAAAUCACAUCUGCAAAAGGUGUCUGUGCCAGUCACUAGGCUUUCCCAAUGCCAGGAAGUUUACAAGAGUUAUGGAAAAAGUCUGAAGAUAGAUGAGCAGGUCAUAUGCGGUGGAUAUGAGGGCGGCAAGAACUCCUGCAAGGGAGACAGCGGCGGACCUCUCAUGUUGCCCAAUAGUUUUCUUCAGACCGACUCGGAACAACAAGUAUAUUUCUACCAAAUUGGGAUUGUGUCGUUAGCUCCAUUAUGCGCAUUGAAGAAUUAUCCUACCGUCUUCACUAGAGUCACCCACUACAUACCAUGGCUACAGACACAGGUUUUGGGAAGAGCUGACUUUUGAAUAAAAUAAAACAAAACAGAAAUGAAUGUCACGGACUCGAUGCUUGUUUAUUGAAGUAAUAAAUUAUAAUUCCUAGAUAUAUUAAAUAAUUAUGACCUUAUAUUUGCGAGCCUAAAAAGAAUACUGUGUUCAGAUUAUUUUAUUGAAUGAAGCGAUUGGAAUGUUGUACUGAUUACUGGCUACUCAGGCCAUUCGUCCACAGAGAUGAUCUCGGCAACCGAAAGUCCGUUGAGUAGAGGUUUUUUUCUGAUAAACCUGUUAUCUUGGGUGGUAUCUAUAGGAAAUUUGAUGGGAUCAUAAUUUCAAUUUAAGGACCAGAAAACGGUACCCAUGUCCAAAAACAAAAAGGUUUGGUACAGAAACGCUGAGAACUUUUUUUCCAUCGAAGUAAGAAAGAAAUGUAAAGGUGCAUCUCCUGGUAAAUAUACAAGAUCUUAGAAGUCAUUAAUAUACAACAAUAUACAAGUGUCUGUUGCUUAUUAAAAUGAAUUUUUAAUAAAUAAUAAGUUACUUGCAAUGAAAACAAUUUAUUCAGGUUGUAACUAUAUUCAAGCCAAUUUCUUUAUAAACGAGAACCAAGCAAUUUCAACGUUGUACAUGAAAUAAGACAUUUUUUCAAAAACAAGAUAAUUUAAUUUACAUUAUCAGGUUGAGACCGAUUUUUCAGAAUAAAUUAGGGUUAAGGACUUCAAGUUAAUUGAAAAAAUAUAUAUUACAAUGUCUUCCUAAACAGAUCUUAUUAUACAAUUUGUUUUCAAUAAUUUUAUGCCACCUACACAAAUAUUUAUCAGACACGUAAAAAAAUAAGAAUGAAACAAAAUAAACAUUAUAAACUGUCAAUUGAUAUAUAAUUAUUAAUUAUAUCAAAAUACGUAACACGGUCUUUGUUCUAUUCACAUUAGUUUUAUAAUUUAUUGCAUCGCUGACAUAAGCACACCGCGUUCAGGAAUCUUUAUUCUCGUUGUUUUGAAACUGUCGAUAUACAGUUAAAAAUACCCACAUUAAGAAUACUGUAAUUUAUUUUAAUACUUAAUAAAUAAUUCAAAUAAAUAAUCAAAGAAUCAUUUUGUAACAA